AUGUGGUCAAAGAAUCAACAAUUCCUGGUAUUUCAAAAGAUAGUUUGGAAAAGGAAAGAAUUGAGCUUUGAGAAUCCCUAACACAUCUGUUCCAAAUUGGACAAAGGAGAUUACUUAAUAAUGCAAGAAGAAGGAAAACUACUAAAAUUCAAAGGAUUUUAUUUUCAGUCAGCCUUACUUGAUCAUGAUAUUUUAGAAAACCUGGAAGACUUUGAAAUUAGAGAUAACGACAUCUUUGUAAUAUCCUAUCCCAAAUCUGGAACUGCUUGGAUUCGGCAAAUAUUGUGCUUGAUUCAUUUUGAGGGCUAUCGUAACAAAACUGACACAAGACCUUUGAAUUUAAGAGCCCCCUUCCUGGAGUACAAUGUUUUGCACGUUGACUUAGAGAAGAUGCCAUCUCCUCGAAUUAUUGGUAGCCACUUACCAUAUUAUUUGGUACCAAAAGGAUUGAAGAACAAAAAAGCCAAAGUAAGAAAUAGAAAGAAUUUAUCACACUGUUUUCCAACCAAAAGUAUUGCCUUGUCUAUCACUGUUUAAGCUUAAUGUCUGUUA